UGCAUCAUCUACCCGGUCAACAGCAAGGACCUCCAGCACAUCUGGCCCUUCAUGUACGGGGACUACAUCGCCUACGACUGCUGGCUGGGGAAGGUCUACGACUUGAAGAACCAGAUCAUUCUGAAGCUGUCCAACGGCGCCAGGUGCUCCAUGAACACGGAGGACGGGGCCAAGCUCUACGACGUCUGCCCGCACGUCAGCGACUCGGGCCUCUUCUUCGACGACUCCUACGGCUUCUACCCGGGCCAGGUGCUCAUCGGCCCCGCCAAGAUCUUCUCCAGCGUGCAGUGGCUGUCGGGGGUCAAGCCCGUGCUCAGCGCCAAGAGCAAGUUCCGAGUGGUGGUGGAAGAGGUGCGAGUGGUGGAGCUCAAGGUCACGUGGAUCACCAAGAGUUUCUGUCCCGGGGGCACGGACAGCGUCAGCCCCCCGCCCUCUGUCAUCACCCAGGAGAACCUAGGCAGGGUGAAGCGUCUCGGAUGCUUUGACCACGCCCAGCGGCAGCUGGGGGAGCGCUGUCUGUAUGUCUUCCCAGCCAAGGUGAAGCGCCUCCUGAAGAAGCAGGUGGUGAGGAUCAUGUCUUGCUCGCCGGACGCCCAGUGCCCGAGGGACCAUUCCGCGGAGGCCCCGAGCAAGAAGGGGGAGGCCAAAGCCAAGAGUGAGGCGGGCUCGGCCAGCCCCGAGUGGACGCCCGAGGGCUCGGCCAGCCCCGCGGAGGUGCAGGACGAGGGCCCAGAGGAGCCCCCCGAGGUGGGCGAGCAGCUGCCGCCCUUCUUGCUGAAGGAAGGCGGGGACGACCGGCUGCACUCCGCAGAGCAGGAUGCCGACGACGAGGCCGCCGACGACACGGACGACACCAGCUCGGUGACCUCCUCCGCCAGCUCCACCGCCUCCUCCCAGAGCGGCAGCGGCGCGAGCCGCAGGAAGAGCAUCCCCCUGUCCAUCAGGAACCUCAAGCGGAAGCACAAGAGGAAGAAGAACAAGAUCACUCGCGACUUCAAGCCAGGGGACAGGGUGGCCGUGGAGGUGGUGACCACGAUGACCUCGGCGGACGUCAUGUGGCAGGACGGCUCCGUGGAGUGCAGCAUCCGCUCCAACGACCUCUUCCCCGUGCACCACCUGGACAACAACGAGUUCUGCCCCGGAGACUUCGUGGUGGACAAGCGAGUCCAGAGCUGCCCGGACCCCGCCGUCUACGGCGUGGUGCAGUCCGGGGACCACGUGGGCCGCACCUGCAUGGUGAAGUGGUUCAAGCUGCGGCCGAGCGGGGACGACGUGGAGCUGAUCGGAGAAGAGGAAGACGUGAGCGUCUACGACAUCGCUGACCACCCCGACUUCCGGUUCCGCACGACUGAUAUCGUCAUCCGCAUUGGCAACACUGAGGAUGGCGCGCCCCACAAGGAAGAUGAGCCGUCGGUGGGCCAGGUGGCCCGCGUGGACGUCAGCAGCAAGGUGGAGGUGGUGUGGGCUGACAACUCGAAGACCAUCAUCCUGCCCCAGCACCUGUACAACAUUGAGUCUGAGAUCGAGGAGUCCGACUACGACUCUGUGGAGGGAAGCACCAGCGGGGCCUCGUCGGAUGAGUGGGAGGACGACAGCGACAGCUGGGAGACGGACAAUGGGCUGGUGGAGGACGAGCACCCCAAGAUAGAGGAGCCCCCCAUCCCGGCCGCUGAGCCGCCGGCAGCCCCCGAGGAGGACAAGGGCGUGGUCAUCAGCGAGGAGGCUGCCACCGCCGCCAUCCAGGGGGCCGUGGCCAUGGCGGGCCCCGGGGCCGGGCUGAUGGAGAAAGCUGGCAAGGACGGGCCCCCGAAGAGCUUCCGGGAGUUGAAGGAGGCCAUCAAGAUCCUGGAGAGCCUCAAGAACAUGACCGUGGAGCAGCUCCUGACCGGCUCCCCCACCUCCCCCACGGUGGAGCCUGAGAAACCAACUCGGGAGAAGAAGUUUCUGGACGACAUCAAGAAGCUGCAGGAGAACCUCAAGAAGACCCUGGACAACGUGGCCAUCGCAGAGGAGGAGAAGAUGGAGGCGACGCCGGACACGGAGCGCAAGGAGGACAAGCCCGAGGGGCAGUCACCGGUGAGGGCCGAGUGGCCCGGCGAGACCCCGGUGCUCUGCCAGCAGUGCGGCGGCAAGCCGGGGGUCACCUUCACCAGCGCCAAGGGCGAGGUCUUCUCGGUGCUGGAGUUCGCGCCCUCAAAUCAUUCUUUUAAGAAAAUUGAGUUCCAGCCUCCAGAAGCUAAGAAGUUUUUCAGCACAGUCCGGAAGGAGAUGGCGCUGCUGGCUACCUCGCUGCCCGAUGGCAUCAUGGUCAAGACCUUUGAGGACAGAAUGGACCUCUUCUCAGCCCUGAUCAAGGGCCCCACCCGCACCCCCUAUGAGGACGGCCUCUACCUGUUUGACAUCCAGCUCCCCAACAUCUACCCGGCCGUGCCACCCCACUUUUGCUACCUCUCCCAGUGCAGCGGCCGCCUAAACCCCAACCUGUAUGACAACGGGAAGGUGUGCGUCAGCCUGCUGGGCACCUGGAUUGGAAAGGGGACGGAGAGGUGGACCAGCAAAUCCAGCCUUCUCCAGGUGCUCAUCUCCAUCCAAGGUCUGAUCCUGGUGAAUGAGCCGUACUACAACGAGGCGGGCUUCGACAGCGACCGGGGCCUGCAGGAGGGCUACGAGAACAGCCGCUGCUACAACGAGAUGGCGCUGAUCCGCGUGGUGCAGUCCAUGACCCAGCUGGUGCGGCGGCCCCCCGAGGUGUUCGAGCAGGAGAUCCGGCAGCACUUCAGCGCCGGCGGCUGGCGGCUGGUGGCCCGCAUCGAGUCCUGGCUGGAAACGCACGCCCUGCUGGAGCGGGCCCAGGCGCCGCCCGGCGGGGCCCCCAAGGACAGCAGCUCGCCAGAGCCGCCGGCCGCGGCCGAGCUCUCAGACCGCGCCCGGGAGGAGGCGGAGGACGGAGGGCCGGCCCCCGGGGAGGCCUCCCAGGGCUCAGACUCGGAGGGCGGCGCCCAGGGCCCCGCCUCGGACGGCAGGGACCACAGAGACCAGACCUCGGAGGCCGCGCCCGACGCCUCGGUGCCACCCAGCGUCAAACCAAAGAAGCGGAGAAAGAGCUACCGCAGCUUCUUGCCCGAGAGGAGUGGCUACCCCGACCUCGGCUUCCCGCUCUUCCCGCUCUCCAAGGGGUUCGUCAAGAGCAUCCGGGGCGUCCUGACGCAGUUCCGGGCUGCUCUGCUGGAGGCCGGCAUGCCCGAGACCACGGAGGACAAGUAGCUGCCCGCUCGCUCCCCGCCCUGGAAUCCGCCCCCUGCCCUCCCCCGUUCCCAGCGCGAGCCCCCCCUUUGCCCUCUUCUCCCCAAGGUGAGUUUGACGCUGAAGUGCAAGAAGUUUCUGAGAUGCUGCCAUUUCUGUUCGGAAGCAAUCUUUCCCCAGGCGCCCACGCAGCGGCAAAGACCGCCCGAGCCCCCCUGCUGACUCCGUGGCCGCGGGCAGGGCGUGCCGGCACCCCUCCCCUGCCGUCAGUCACCAUCUCAGGUCGGGUGGAGUGUCCACGGCCUGCCCUGGGGUCUCCACGCCCUGUGCCGGCGGGUCAGCAGCGGGGGCAUGGACGUGCCUUGCAUGAAGUGUGUCUGCCGGCGCCGCCCCCGCCCGCCAGCCUCGAGCGCCUCUGCCCUCCCCGCGCCCCGCCCUCCUGCGCCAGGCGCCCUCCAGCAGGGCGCUGCAGCUGCUGUCGCCGGCCCCCGGCUCGGGUCUGGCCCACAGCUCGUCCUCAGACCUGUUGAAGUUGCUCUCGAAGAGAGACGGCGGCGGUGGCCGGGGGCCCUCACCGAACGGACGUGAGGACCGCGGCUGUCUCCUGGGUGGGCUGCGCAGCUGCCCUCAGGCCUCGCCCCGGGACUGAAGCCCGGCUGCGCCCUGCUCGGCCUCCCCCAGGGCCCGGCAGGCCCCACGGCCGCGCCUGCAAGGCCAGGGCAGGUGCCGGGCCUCUCCGUGGACCACGCCCCGGCUCGGCCGCACGCCCAGGGGCACGGAGCACAGAACAGCCGGCGCCCCUGCCCUGGGGCGCUCCUGCCCGCUCCCCGCUCCCCCUCCAGUGAGAGCAAGGCCUCCUCAGCCCUGGCGCAGAAACGCUGCGGCUCCGUCCGGGAGGCGGCCGGGGCCUCCUGCAGAGCAGGCCCAGAGGUUUACACGUUUUCUAGCUUUUGAUAAUGUGAAGCUCCAGGUUGAGAGGAGGGUGCUGUCGGGCACAUGCAGCUAUGUAAUUUUUGGUGUAUGUAUGUAAUAUUUAAGGUUGAAAGAAAAUAAAUCUCAAAAGCAAAGAUAUUAACUCUUAUUAGAAAAAAGACA